AUGGGGAAAGGUUUCUACAUCAGUAAAGCUGUUGGGAUAGUGGUCAUCAUCGUGGGUGCAGGAGCCCUGGCUACUAUCAUAGCUCUGUCUGUUGUUUACUCACAGGAAAAGGCUAAAAAUAAUGACAAUAAUGAAGUGUCGCCAACGGACGGAGGAACAACAAAACCACCUGUCACGACACCUGCCCCAUCCAAUGAGCCUUGGGACAAGUAUCGUCUGCCCAAGAGCCUGGUGCCAGACCACUAUAACGUCACCCUGUGGCCCCAGCUGACUCCAAUUAAGUCAACAACAACGAGACAAAAUGAACUCUACAUCUUUACAGGUAAUUCCAGUGUGGAGUUUGAGUGUGUUGAAGAGACUGACCUGAUCCUCAUCCACUCCAACAAACUGGAAUACACCAAACUCGAGAAUGGCCAGUGGGCAACACUCACUGCAGUGGGUAGUGAAGUCAAAGCCCCCCAAAUCAAGUCUUCCUGGCUCCAGAAUGUGACUCAGUACCUGGUCCUACAACUGGAUGGUAAACUGAUGAAGGGCCAUAGGUACCAACUCUACACACGCUUUACUGGAGAACUGGCUGAUGACCUGGGAGGCUUCUAUAGGAGCGAAUACAUGGAGGAUGGAGUGAAAAAGGUUGUUGCUACUACUCAGAUGCAGCCAACAGAUGCCAGAAAGGCUUUCCCUUGUUUUGACGAGCCAGCCAUGAAAGCUAUUUUCCACAUCAGCCUGAUCCACGACAGUGAUAAAGUAGCCCUGUCCAAUAGCGAGGAAAAAGAAUCAAGCAGCAUCACCAUCCAAAACAAGAAUCUGCAAAAGACUGUUUUUAAGCCAACCAAGAAAAUGUCCACCUACCUCUUGGCGUUCAUUGUCAGCGACUAUGCCUUCAUCAGUAACACCAUUGAUGGAGUUUUGAUCCGGAUCUUCGCUCGGAAGCCUGCUAUUGCUGCUGGGCAAGGACAGUAUGCCCUUAACAUAACUGGACCCAUCCUUAAGUUCUUUGAGAAUUAUUACAAUUCCACAUACCCUCUGCCCAAGUCUGAUCAGAUAGCUCUGCCAGACUUUAAUGCUGGAGCCAUGGAGAACUGGGGUCUGAUCACAUACAGAGAGACAGCUCUGCUCUAUGAUGAAGAGUUCGCCUCUAACUCCAACAAGGAGAGGAUCGCUACCAUCAUUGCUCAUGAACUGGCUCACAUGUGGUUUGGGAAUCUGGUGACCCUGAGGUGGUGGAAUGACUUGUGGCUGAAUGAAGGCUUUGCCUCCUAUGUUGAGUAUCUGGGAGCAGACAAAGCUGAACCCAACUGGAACGUCAAGGACCUUAUCGUGCUCAAUGAUGUCCACAGGGUGUUUGCAGUUGAUGCCCUGGCCUCCUCUCACCCUCUGUCCUCUAAAGAAGAGGACAUCCAGAAACCAGCACAGAUCAGUGAGCUGUUUGAUGCCAUCUCCUACAGCAAGGGAGCAUCUGUUUUGCGAAUGUUGUCAGAUUUCCUUACUGAGGAUGUCUUCAAAAUGGGACUCACGUCCUACCUGGCAAAAUUUGCAUUUGGGAACGCAGUCUACACAGACCUAUGGAGCCAUCUGCAAAUGGCUGUUGACAAAAGUAGCACUAAACUUCCUGACACUAUCGACAACAUCAUGAACACUUGGGUGCUGCAGAUGGGCUUUCCUGCAGUUACCAUCGAUACAAAAACUGGAAGGGUAUCCCAGGAGCACUUCCUCCUGGAUCCAGACUCUGAAGUUACUGUUCAAUCUCCCUUCAACUAUAAAUGGAUUGUUCCAAUCAAGUGGAAGAAGAAUGGAGGCGAAACUCAACUACAGUGGUUGAUUAGUGAACAAGCCAAAUUUGAAGAGAUGAAGGCAACAACAGAGACUGACUGGGUGCUGGCUAACAUCAACACAGUGGGUUACUACAGAGUAAACUAUGACCAGGGCAACUGGAAAAAACUACUAAAUAUUCUGAGCACCAAUCAUACGAGCAUUCCAAGGAUCAACAGAGCUCAGUUGGUGGAUGACGCCUUCAACCUGGCCAGAGCAAAGCUUAUCGACACAGUGCUGGCUCUUAAUACCACCAAGUACCUGAACAAGGAGAGAGAAUACAUGCCCUGGGAGUCGGCCCUGAACAACCUGGACUUCUUCUACCUCAUGUUUGACCGCAGCGAGAUUUAUGGUUACAUGCAGGAUUAUCUGAGAAAGCAGGUCACCCCUCUGUUUAACUACUAUAAAAACAUGACCGACAACUGGAGCAAAGUACCUGAUGGACACAUGGACCAGUAUAAUCAGGUGAAUGCUAUCAGCCUGGCUUGCAGGACAGGUCUCGAGGAGUGCCAAAACCUGACCAAGACAUGGUUCAAGAAAUGGAUGGAUACUGAGAAAAAUGAGAUUAAUGCCAACCUCCGUUCCACUGUGUACUGUAACGCCAUCGCAGCAGGUGGUGCUAAAGAGUGGGAGUUUGCUUGGAAACAGUUUGAGAAUGCCACCAUCGCUAUUGAAGCUGACAAACUGCGCUAUGCCCUGUCCUGCACGAAGCAACCCUGGCUACUCAACAGGUACCUGGAUUACACUCUGGAUCCAAAAAAGGUCCGAAAGCAGGAUGCCACAUCCACCAUUGUCUACAUUGCCAGCAAUGUGGUUGGCCAGUCUCUGGCUUGGGACUUUGUCAGGGCUCGAUGGUCAUACAUUUUCACUCAGUAUGGUGGUGGAUCGUUCUCCUUCUCCAACCUCAUCAAUGGAGUUACCGAACGCUUUUCAACUGAAUUCGAACUUCAGCAGCUGGAGCAGUUCAAGGCAGAUAAUUCUGAGGUCGGUUUCGGCUCUGGGACCCUGGCAGUGGAUCAGUCCAUUGAGAGAACAAUCGCCAACAUGAAAUGGAUCGCAGCAAACAAGGAAAAUGUUCUGAAUUGGUUUAAAGCAGAGGCAAAAUCUUUAUGAGGCCUUCACUUCAUGUAAUUUAAAAAUGCUCAUUGUAUGUAAAUGUAUCACAAGAUACAUUAAAAUUUACUCUAGUUCUGCUUGACAGAGUGUGAAGUGUACCAAAAAAAAGAUUUUGACAUAUUUUGAUCCUCUUUAAAACAAAUUUGGAGUUAAAUUUGUUGGCAGGGUGUUUGUUGUAUACCUCCGUUUGUUUCAAGUCAAGCUGAUUAGAACAGAAAAAAGAGAAACAGAGAAUUACCAUAUAUUAAAAAAUCCUUGAAUGUGUAGUACUAAUUACAAACUAAAUAUCGAUACUUUGAGUGAGAAGGCCAUGAGAAUUUUUGUGUUGUUUUUUUUUUAACCUUAUUGUAAAAUCAUAGUUUUUAAAAUAAAAUGUUUGUAUUCCUUAGUGUCAGAAAUUCAGAAUGUUUUCUUGUAAUGUUUGAAAAAUUAUUUAAUGAUGUUGUAAUAACAAAAUAAUUAUGUUGUGGUCAUAACAUGAUUAUUUUGUAUAUCUGUGUCAGUUGGAGUAAAAUAUGAGACAUAUUUAAACACACACCCUCAUUGGCCUGUUGAAAACAACAACAAAAUGAACUGCAUUUUUACAUUUGUACUUUCUUUUCUAUGUUUAAUAUUGAGCCUCUGAAAGUGGCAACACUGAAAAACGUUUUUUUUCCACACAUGUGCAGACAUUUCCUGUCACAAUACAAAAUAAUCUGUGGAACAACUGAAUUGUUAUUGAAUACAUUCUUUUAUUCAUUGUUCAAAAUCUGCAAGAUAAUAAUAUAAUAACCCCCAUCUUGUACUGAUAUUGUCGAUAUUUGUAGAUAUUUCAAGGCAAUGAUUGUACUUUAUUCUGGA